CAGGAGCAUUUGGUGGAUAUGGCUUUCUCAACAUAACUGCUUAUGACCCAAAGGAACAGGAACAAUAGACGUAAAAGCGAUCCGGCAUUGCCAUUUCGCCCCACGCAGGAAAAAGUGACGGUGGCGGCGGAGCUACCAUGGGGUCUUCCCAAGGUUGUACCCAUCGUAGCGUUGGACUACUCCUUGCCAAUAGGUUCCUUUGCUGGACAGUCGGUUCUCAUGGACUUGUUCACUCUCUUUGAGAGGAAGCUACAAAGCGUAGCUGAAGAGCCUGUGGAGAAACUUCUGAAUAAGUCACUGCAGCGCGGUGGUGAUCCGUACUUUGACAACUUAUGUCGCACACUACACGGGAUUAGCGAGCUUUGCUUACCAUCUGUUGUCAACGCUUUAAUAUCAUGGCAUCAGCGAAUGGAACUGAAGAUCAACGAAAGCAUCAAUCCAGGUGCUGAUAAUCGUGUGCUUGUGAAGAAACUACUUGCUGUCAACUAUUUGUUUUGCAUAGUUCUCAUAGAAAUUCUCCCACAGGUCGAGUUCCAUCUUAGUGCCUGUGAACAACAGGUAAAAUACCUGCUUGACAGUUCUUUUCAACAAGUGCAAUAUAAGGAUCCGACUACACUAGGCGUCAACAAUACUAACAGUCUCGUCGUAGCUGAAACUUAUGCAGAGGUUAUUGGUGUCUUGUCAGAAACUCAUUUCACUCAGAUUCACAAGCAAUUCAUGGCAAUACUCACUGAUCUGAAGAAGGACAGUUUACCAACUGUCAGCCAAAACAUGAUCUCUCUUUUGAUGGCUAUGAAGUUUGUAAAGAUUAAGACAAAUCAAGUGGAAGAUUUUGAAAUGGGGAUUAAGUUUCUAGACGACUUGGGUUCAUUCCUGUUGGAGGUGAAAGAUAAGGAUGUCAAGCACGCUGUUGCUGGCCUUUUAGUGGAGAUUCUUCUUCCCGUGGCAGCGCAGAUCAAACGUGAGACCAACAUCCCUGCUUUGAUCACUUUUGUUGGCAAACUAUAUGGCCCUACCAAUGAAUUAGCGUCAAAAAAGCAACAUAAACUGGCUGCAUAUCCACUCCUAACUUGCUUGCUGUGUGUAAGCCAGCGUCAAUUUUUCUUGUCUAACUGGGUUCCGUUCCUCAACAAUGCUCUGGCGAACCUGAAGAAUAGGGAUUCUAGGAUUUCCCGCGUGGCAUUGGAAUCUCUUUAUAGAUUGUUGUGGGUUUAUAUGAUCCGCAACAACUGUGACGGAAAUUCUGCUACUCGAACACGACUAGAAUCUAUCUGCGGGAGCCUUUUUCCAAAAGGCAAUCGUGGCAUCGUACCUCGAGAUGCACCGUUGAAUAUUUUUGUCAAAAUAAUUCACUUUAUCGCUCAGCAGAAGUUGGACUUUGCUUUUAAGGACGUUAUCUUCGAUCUUCUUUCCUGUAAUCGCACUCAGAGGUCUCUCUAUCCGGAGAGAAUGAAUAUCGGUAUACGCGCGCUGAUGGUGAUCGCUGAUGGGCUUCAACAAAAGGAUGAACCUCCUGCGAUGCCUAAGUCUAUGGGUCCAUCAGCCAGUGGAACAAUGCAGCGUUUGAAGAAGAAGACUUACAUCACACGACCCUUGACUGUUGAUAUCGCUAGAGCUAUUGGACUCGAUCAGUAUUACAUUCCCUGCCGUAAAGCAUUUGAUACGAUACUUCGAAUUUUGGAUACACAGGUUGGUCGCCCUCUGAUGAUGACUGCGAUACAAAAAGGCAAAGAGCCUGAAGAGCUCCUAGGAGGGGAAGUGAAGCCAAAGCUAGAUCUGUUCCGAACUUGUGUGGCGGCCAUACCUCGUUUGUUACCGGAACCGAUGCCCUAUACCGAUCUUAUUGACAUAUUGACGAGAACUACCGUCCAUGUUGACGAAGAAUUGCGCACAAUGGCAGGAAACACAUUGCAAAAUAUGUUGGGAGAAUUCCCGGAAUGGAGAGAACAUAUCAUACUGGCUGAAAUCACUUUGUUACAAAAUCAGUUGACGGAUUUUUACCCUGUCGUUCUUGACGAAGCUCUCAGACUUCUGCACCAAAUGGUUCUCACCUGGAAGUCUGCAGCGCUGCAAGAGAAGAAGAAGGAGCAAGAAAAGGAGAAUACAGAACAUGUCAAUCAUAUCGCUACUCCACUUUAUGUAUUGAAUUAUGCUUCAGUCCUCCACACGGUUGAAGGUCUCGCUCUUGUUAUGCUAUGUCAGAUUCGGCCACAGCCUAGAAAAAUAGCUAUCUCGUUGCUGAGGGAAGUGAAACAAAUCAUAACCAUUCUUUCGCUAGAUAAUACGGACACCCCUGUCAUUACCGUGCUGGAUGAAGCAACCCCGUAUGUUGUUCGUAAAUACAUCGAGCAUGUACCUAUGUACGAGCGAACUAGCUGGAACAUGGAUUUCUCUUCAGUCUGUGAAAAGAUUGCUGCAAUUGACACCGAUAUCUGUCUCGUCAACAGCGACAAAGGAAAUGAGUAUCUACAAUGGGAUCCUUGGGCUUGUGCGCUGAGCGGAUAUGCGGAACGAAAGCAUUUGUUGACACGAUGUCCAUCGGCAGUUGCUAGCGCUUGGCCAGCUUUAUACACUCGUCUCAUUGCCGUAAACGCUUAUGUUGAUCCCAGCAAUCCACAAAAUGAGAACCGGGCCUCAUUGCUGCGAGGAAGCAAAAGCAAGGGAUCGUCUGUAUGUGGAGAAGCACUCAGUCAAGAUGGUUGUCUCUCAUUAUGGCAGAAAUACCUAGUGUUGUGCUGCGCAUUUGCUCCAUCGCCACAUGCUACUAGUCUGAUAUCCAGGAGUUUCAGUCCUACUUCUUCCAUGGAAACUGACGUGCUGAGAAGUGUGUCAUCAUCGCUGAGAGCUUCUUCGCGUAUCCCGUCAACUGCAUCAUUGUCACAACUGUUCACAAAAGUCGCGGCAAUGCUUCGUUGGGAAAAUAUGAUUGAUAUCCGUGACAGCGUAGUGCUUGGUGUUGGGUCUUUGAGCGCUGCCGCAUUCGAGACGUUUUUUGAAGAUUUGAAUCAGCGAGGUAUUUUGAGAGAUGCAAUGGAGAAAAAGAUGGAGACAAAUGUGCGACGUCGCAAGCGGAAGGACCUACUGCGUCUCCAGAUCAUUCGUAUUAUUGAAGUGGCUGUAUUCCGUGGAUUAUUGGAUUCCGCAAUGAUAGAUAGUUUGGGCAGUCUGAGUCCACUCAUACUCGAUUUCAUCGACUCGAUGAGAGCAAACCUCGAAAGCGAUCUGGAUCGUGACAUAGCAGUGGUGACGAUGAUGCGGCUACACUUUUCCAAACUUAUUGCUGUGAUCAUUGAUAAUGUCAGUCCAGAAAAUCGUGGCAGUCUCAUUCCGGAUGAAAAGAAGCAAAGCCUAUUUUAUCUGUUCAUCGGCUGGUGCAGCAGAACGAUAGCAGCAGAUAAAAAGAAUAGGGAAAAUGAUGUUGGUUCAUACGUGGAGCAAAAGGCGGCUUUAGCUAUGACACGUCUACUCAGCUGUGGUAGAAUAUUUGAAGCUCAGAAAUCUAUUGGUGAAGAUGGUUAUUUAUAUGGCUGGUUGGAAAAACUUGUGUCAAGUGCGAAUACUACGAUGCAAGGAGAAGUAGAAGAAAUGCUAGCCUGGAUGUUGGAACUAAAUGAAUCGAGCCACCUGCUAGACUGGUUAAUGUCUCAAUGCUAUAGCCAGCCAAGUGCUGUUGCUGCGAAAUGCUUCCGAGCUCUCGUGCGCGUCUUCUCUCGCCGAGAUUUUCCGUGCGAAUUUAUAUCGCUGUUCGUUUUGUGCCAGGCAAUGCUCGGAGAUCCAAAUGUCGCAGAUGCUGCAGUUCAUAUGAUUGAGAUACUCAAGAGACAAUUUCUUGACAACAGUAUGGUCAUGUCUCCACAGUUGGCGUCUACCGGAGGAAACAUGGCGUCUUCUCCAGCUGUGCAGUUGAGAUCGCCAGUAGUUACAAAUUCGCACAUCCAUUGUUUCCCUAUGGAUCAGCAGGUUGUUUGUCAGAACCUUGCCAACUCAUACCCUCAUCUCACUAUCACAAUAUUCAGCGAAGUUUCUUGCCGUCUUGAAAAUGCUCGUAGUCAGAACCAGACGUACCUUAUCGCUUUACUGUUACCUUGGAUUGAGAAUAUUGAACUUGUGGAUCCCGUUGCAGGAGAAGAUGCUUGCGAAGGUCCACGGGGUUGGGGCUCUGAAGAAGCAACGCAACUCCUUCUGAACAACUUGAUGUAUCUCACUGUCACCCUCGCAAACGACCAUGAACGAGAGCUUGCAGAAAUCUGGCGUAGACUUGCUCUAUCAUUCCCUGCUAAUCUGCCAGUCAUUCUCAACUACAUCUAUGUUGUGACGGUGCUAUCCCAUGAAGCGCUUCUGCCAUACGCCAAACGCGUUAGCGUCAUUCUAGCUGGUGUAGUUGGCAAUCGCAUAGCUGCUCUUCUACUGGAACAACUUUCUACCUCCUCAGACACUUCUCGCCUCAUACUUGAAAGAUCCGAUAUUCCUCCUUACUACAAAUGGAAAGAUGAAACAGCUGAUUUGAAGAAGGACUCCGCAGCUGAAUUGGCGUCGCCAAUGCGAGAUUCACCAAUGGGUGAACAUUUUGUGACUGGUGCUGAUGACGCCAGUAGAGAAGGAGUUCGCCUUCUUCCGAUGCCCGCGUACGGAGGAUACUAUUCAAGACUUUGUGCACUAUUACCACCAACAACACAGCCGGUGCAGUUUUUCACUAGAAGUCAAGUGGCGCUGCUUCUCAUUUGCGACAUCAUCCGGGCAUCUUCUGAUGUAGAUUGGACUGAAGCUACACCCCGUCUGCUUCAUGCGGCAGUAUUGUCUCUGGACUCACUUCGUCCAGCUCUUUGUCGGCACGCAAGACAGACGAUCAUCAAUUUGGCUCUCCUACAUGCAGACCAGGCCACUUUGGCUCAUGUGUCUGGCAUGCUGUUGAAACAUCAAAUGUGUGGCUCAUCGUGGGACGAUUCGGGAUAUAAAAUCCUAUCAUCAUCCUUCUGUGAGGCGGGCAGCACCCGUGGCGUUUCACCCACUUUUGCAAAAGUUGCCGGUGAAGAGUACAGAAGUAUGCUGCUCAACAGCAAUGCGAUGUUUUCAUCGCAAAGCGACCUCAUCAUGGCUCUCAUCUUUUGUUUGAGUGAGAAUAUGGACACUCCGUUAUGGCCGAACGAAGAUGCUACCCCACGUUGUUGGAAGGUACCCAGUGCCACACAGCUGACCUGUUUGGUUCGUCAUCUUGCUGAACUUGUUCUACCUUCGAUUCCUUUACUUCCUGUGGUAUGGACGCAGAUAGCUAUGCGUAUGGCACUUACCACAACGCAGCGGCAUGCAGCUGGUCGUUGUUUCCAGAUAGUAUCCGCAUUAUGCCAGCCUCCUGGCGCGUGGAUCCCCUCGCUUAUCAGCAGACUUGUGGAGACAGCCGGUGAAACCCACGAGGAUACCCAGGCAUAUGUGACGGAUUUACUGCUCUGUCUCCUUAGCAGUGCUCCUCAUCUGAAUCCGAUACUGGAGCCACCACUCCAAACAUCUGCAUCUCCCAGCCAUGCACGGUCAACUUCUUAUACUCCCGCUCUUCUUAGGCAGUCUGUAAUCACUCAGAGACUUCAUCAGGAGAAGAAAGAUGCUCGGCUGUCGCUCUUACUUUCAGAAGAGGACUCCCGUCUGGGAAGUGCUUUGAUGAGAAGCAAAAGUGCUGAUCAGUUGAAAAGCGAUGCCGAAGGGGAUGAGGAAGCUACGGCGCGAAUGCAGAUAUGUGCCAUCGCUGUUGCUUUGCUCGAAAGUGGAGUGGACAACGAAUUUUUGCUUGCGAUCAACCUCCUCGAAAAGAUUUUGGACACAUCAAGCGCGCAUAAAACACGAUGUUUGCAAAAAUUGGAGAAGACCAUCAACCAGCUGGACUGGAAAGGUUUCAGUGGCAUUGUGGGAUUGUUAUCUAGAGGAACUGUGGUUGCACCUGCAUACGAAACUUCCAUCCAAGCUCUUACCAGACUCAUUGACGUAUUGGAUGAACCAGUCGUCGGUGGUCGAGACUCGCUAGGACUUCUCGUCUGCCAUGUACUGCCGUAUCUUUUAUACAACUUUGAGUCUACGAACUCACUGUGCAUCUCAGUAUGUACGGCCCUGAAACAGUACUGCGUUGAUGAGCUGAAGAAGCUAGAGGUCGAACAAGCAGAUCAUCCGCUGAAUAACUUAGCUACGAUGUUGCUGCAGUACGCGACGAAAACUUUUUCGAAAGAUCGUUACCAGUGGGCUAAAUGUGUGUUGCAAUACUUGUGCGAAGCGAUUGAUGGUUCCAUGGUGCUCCAAAUGAUUGUGCUGGUAGCAGAGAUGUUGGAGAGAGGAGCAUCUUCCAUGCACAUCUACGUCUUGCACAUGCUCUAUCUGCUACUGCUCCGACGAGAAGCUGCAAGCGCUUCUUUAGUCAUCAACGCCCAGGUUGUACGUAGCGUUUCUCGACACAUACAGGGGUCUAGUUGGCGGGAAGCGGCUCGAGUGUACAAAGUAAUUGUUGAGCAAUGGCAGAACACAGAAAGAGACAAUACAGCGGGAAGUGCUGUGACAUCUGGUUUCGAACUCGAUUUAUCCUUGGUAUCUGCCGCCAAUGGAUCCAAGCAAAGUCCACAGUCACCGAGAAAGAACACCUCUACCCUUGACUCGACGCUGACCAGCACUAUCGGAAGCGUCAAGAAAAUUGCUCCUCCGCAUAUACGCGUUCGAGACCGGCUCGUGGGCUUGCUUUCAGCCUCAGGACUUCGGGUCGGAUUACCAUCCGCUGUUUCCGUGGUGUUUUCGCAAAGUGAACUGGGUAGCACUGCGUCGUCAACGGAGAGAAUAUGCACCUCUUCACAGGAGGUUGCGUCCACAACAUCGCUGCCGGAGCCCUCGGCAAGCAUCACUGACUCCUUCCCAAGGGUCUUCAAAGAGUUCGAUUUCUUGGAAGCGGAACAUGAUAGCGUAUCGGAAACAGCCGACAGUUGCUUUGGAUGGUUGUCUACUAUGCGUCCGAGAUCCAUUGGAGGCGAUGAACCUCAUCAUGAUGAUGAUGCUGAUGUUGACGAGGAUGAGGAUUCUGAAAGUGCGCAGGCAAAUUCGGAAGGAGGAGGAGCGUCUACAUCUCGUUUGUCUAGGACUUCUAUCUCUUCGGAGCGGACACCAUGCCCUUCAGAAGUUGAUGAAGAGGAAGAUGAGGCUGAUGAUGGAUUUGGUGAAGUCUCUUCUCAGACCGGUGCAGAUCAGAAGCAGGAUAGGCUAAGUCCACCGUCUGCAUUGUCCAGAGAAGUGUUGGAGAAGAGGCCAACCGAUCGUUUGAAUGGAGUCGAUGAGGAGUCACUUGAUGGGUCGUCGUUCUGCUGUCGGUCGAGAGCGUCUCUGGGAGAAUUCUACUCUUCUAAAGCAACACCUACAUCUCCGUUGUACAUACAGUGCCCACAUCAUCUUGACGGAAAGGUGGAUGCUACAUGGAUCUCGCUCGUGGCUGAACUACAAGACGAUUCCGAAGGGGAACUGACAGCCUAUGCAACAUUGCUUUUUACUCAGCUUUUUAGGUCAUGCUGUGGACGUGUGGCCUCCCUGCUCAGAGAUGCGAUGCACGUCUUCUCAUCAAAACCACUAGCGCGAAUUUUUGCUCAUGCUCAGGAUACACUGAGUGGAGUUGCAGAUUGUCCUUUUCUUUUUGUUACUGCGCAAUAUCUUCGCUGCUCUGGAAUCCUACCACGUCUAAAGCUGUCUUUGUUCGAACUUCGUGAGCAUUGGGAGACCUUCAAUGAGCGAAAAGAACAGAGCAUUAGGCUGCUGAAUUCGGUGAAGUCCGCCUACAAGCUGAACGCUCUUGUUGGUUCAGCCUCGUCGCUCAAUUCGAACAGUGAGACCGAGCUCGGCAAACUGCUCAGCAAGUUGCUCUUCCAGUUGAUGCUCAUGAGCGACUCUUUGAAUGAUAUGGUCCGUCUUGUCGACGAAUCGCAUGGUGCUCAGGCAUACACCUUAUCCCCGGCCGUACUGGAUCAUCAACGCGAACUUCUCGUAUGCGUAGCUGAUCUUCCACCAUGUGAUAUGCAGUCUUCUAUGCGACCGGAGCACUCAGGCGACUCGCUCGUUCUUCUAAUGACGAAUAAACGCUAUGCACAAGCUCUACAUACCCUCAGAAGUCUUCGGUUGGCGUUUGGAUCCGAAUUUGGAUGCUGUGAAGCGGCUGACAUCGAUGUGCUGCUGCUCCUUUUCUGUCGAAGUCACUCUUUAAAAGCAUGGGCGCUAGUUGGCGCGGUUCCAGAAGCGCUACGACGACAAAGUCAAAGUCUCCGCGACGCAAAUGCGGACGUAGCAUCAGCUGUACGACGCAUGGCAUCGGACGUCACCUCUCACCGGGCGUCAACAGCCUCGUCGUUAACGGAAUCUUUUCAAAAAAUUUCGUAUUUACCUGACUAACCUUAUAUUUUUUCUAGCGAAUCUCGAAAACUUUUGUUACAUGUUUGAUUAGGCGCUUGAUUUCUGAAUCUCUGUUCGUAAGUACCUGCGAUUUAGUAAAAAAAUUGUACAGACUUGAUAUGCUACUGACACCUUUGCCCGAGACUUCGAAAUCUUGUCAUACUUUACACAAUAGUUUUUCCGCUUUCAAAAAUUUACAAAACAGUAUCUCUUCCUACGUGUCGCCUUACCCACUUCUUUACGAUUGUUUCUAGUUUUCUAGUUGUGAAAAAAUGUGCAAUGAGC